AAAAUAGCCGUCGGCCGAGCCGCAGCCAAGAGGAAGCAUUUUCCGUCUGAUUGUUUGCGCGUCUCUCUGUGAUGUUUUGACCGAACCGUCCGAAGAAUGGCGAGUGGCAGGGCCUUUCUGCUCGCGGGCCUCUUUUUGGGCCUCACCGCCGUUGGUCGGGCCGUCCUUUACCCCGACCUGGUGCACAUCGGCGGUCUCUUCCACCCCGAAGACAGUUUGCAGGAAAUCGCGUUCAGGUAUGCUGUCGACAGGGUCAACAUGGACAGGGUUCUGCUGCCAAAAACCACCCUGGUGCCCAUAAUUGAACAUGUGCCGACACUUGACAGUUUUAAAACGGCGCAGAAAGUUUGUAACUUGGCAAGCCGAGGUGUGGCAGCGAUUUUUGGUCCUCAGUCCCGAACGACUGCCGGAAUGGUGCAGUCCAUUUGCAACAACAAGGAAAUUCCUCACAUUCAGACACACUGGGAACCAAGGGAGCUUCCUCCUAACAGUGUGCAGAUCAAUAUGUAUCCUGAGCCGCAUAUCUUUGCCCUGGCUUUGAAAGCAGUUGUCAGAGAUAUGGGUUGGAAAACCUUCACUGUCCUUUAUCAACACAAUGAAGCCUUAAUCAGACUGCAGGAGGUUUUGAAAGACCACGGACCGAGCGACUCGCCAAUAACUGUCAGGCAGCUAGAGGAGGGAAACGACUACAGGCCUUUGUUGAAACAAGUCCAGGCGUCUUCGGAGUCCCAUAUAAUCCUUGACUGCGACACAGACAAAAUUUUGGAGAUUUUGCAGCAGGCAAAAGAAGUGAAAAUGAUGGAAGAUUAUCAGAGCUACUUCAUAAUAUCAAUGGACUUGCACACUGUUGAUCUGGAGGAGUUUAGAUAUGGCAGGACAAACAUCACAUCUCUGAGAAUUUUGGAUCCGACAAGUCAAGAGGUGCAAAAUGUUGUCCAGGACUGGAUAUUUGGUGAAAUGCGAAAAGGCAGAGUUUUGACAUUGUCCGCUAGUCAAGUCACUACGGACGUUGCGCUGAUGUACGACGCCGUCCAUUUGUUUGCUCGCGCCCUCCACGACCUGUCCUCCUCCCAGCGAAUCAACAUCAAACCAUUAAGCUGUGAUAAGCAGGAAACUUGGCCGCAUGGCUACAGCCUGAUUAAUUAUAUGAGAGUUAUGGAAACGAAAGGACUGACGGGACCUGUCAGGUUUGACAAUGUCGGCCUGCGUACAGACUUUACUCUGGAUCUUAUUGAAUGGCAGAGAGGAAAUUUGGUGAAGACUGCUGCUUGGGAUCCUCAGAUAGGAAUCAAUCACACAAUGUCUGAUGGAGAAAUCCGCAACCUGAUUAUUGAAAAUCUUCAGAAUAAAACUUUUAUUGUCUCGUCGCGCAUUGGUGCGCCAUAUUUAAUGUUCCGGCCAAAUGCAGACAAACUGACAGGCAAUGAAAGAUUCGAAGGCUACUCCAUUGACCUAAUUGACGAGAUUUCUCAAAUCCUGGGCUUCAAAUAUGAAUUCCAGUUGGUCCCCGACGGUCGCUACGGAAGCUACAACCCAAACACCAAGAAGUGGGAUGGUCUCGUAAAACAGCUUUUGGAAAGGAAAGCCGACUUGGCCAUUUGCGAUUUGACAAUUACUUAUGAAAGGGAAACUGCUGUCGAUUUUACGAUGCCGUUCAUGAACCUAGGUAUCAGCAUCUUAUACAGUAAACCAGUGAAGCAACCACCGAACUUGUUCUCCUUCUUGUCUCCCCUCUCAGUGGAUGUCUGGUUGUACAUGGCCACUGCAUACCUCGGCGUCUCUGUUAUUUUGUUCUUGCUGGCCAGGUUGGCUCCCAAUGAGUGGCAAAAUCCGCACCCGUGCAAUCCAGAGCCUGAUGAGCUCGAGGCGCAGUUUAACAUGCCCAACUCAUUGUGGUUCACUAUUGGUUCUCUCAUGCAACAGGGCUGCGACUUCUUGCCCAAGGCUGUUUCAACGCGAAUGGUUGCUGGCAUGUGGUGGUUCUUUACCUUGAUCAUGAUUUCGUCUUACACCGCCAACUUAGCCGCUUUCUUAACAGUAGAAAGGAUGGACGCCACAAUUGAAUCAGCUGAAGACUUGGCCAAGCAGACCAAAAUCAAAUAUGGAGCAGUGUCUGGAGGCUCAACUCUUUCGUUCUUCUCUAAUUCAAAUUUCUCGUUGUACCAAAAAAUGUGGUCUUUCAUGGAAUCCACAAAGCCAAGCGUUUUUGUCUCGUCCAAUGGGGAAGGAGUGGAGCGCGUAGCCAAAAGCAAGCGGACAUACGCAUUUUUCAUGGAGUCGACGUCCAUCGAGUAUGUGGUGGAACGGAACUGUGACUUGCAGCAAGUUGGUGGCCUUCUGGACUCCAAGGGCUAUGGGGUGGCCAUGCCAUUGAAUUCUCCUUACCGAACUGCUAUAAGCGGAGCUGUUUUAAAAUUACAAGAGGAGGGUAAGCUUUUAGGCCUCAAAACCAAGUGGUGGAAAGAAAUGCACGGAGGCGGCGCCUGCCAGCAAAACGUGGCCGUGGCCAGUGCAGGCCCUGAACUUGGACUGGCCAAUGUCGGAGGUGUUUUUGUGGUACUCAUAGGAGGAAUGGUGGGUGCCUUUUUCGUUGCCGUACUUGAGUUUCUGUGGAACACUCGAAAAGUGGCAGUGGAGGAAAGAGCAAACUUCCUUGACACUUUAAAGGAGGAGAUAAAGUUUGCUCUGGAUUGCAGCGCCAACACAAAGCCAGUUCGCAAGCCUAAGUCUCACAAUCAGUCGCCUCAGGGGAGUUCUACUGCAUCUUACGACAAAUUACAACAGCAACGAGAUUCGCAUUAGGCAAUUUUAAUUAAGUAAAUUCUUGUACCUCAUAAUUAAUUCAAUUUGUUUGAUAUAAUAUAAACUUGCUCACAUGUGUAUACAAUUUUAGAGAAAUAAAUAAAAUAAAAGCCCUGUCUUUUUGUUGUCAUAA